AUGUGCCUUAGAUAUAAAUUUGUUGAUAAUUGCCCUCUACCCUUUGAAUGGAUUUAUUAUUUAUCAUGUACACCUUCAUACCAAAAACCUCAUAAUGUUAAUCUGCUUGAUUAUUCUCCUAGCGAAUUCAAACCACAAGCCUUCCGUCCCUCAUUUUUGUUAUCAUGUCAGCUUUUGGUCAACACCAAAAAAGUUGCUUCACAUCAAAUCAUAAGAGAAAAACUCUUGGCAUUGAAUGGUUAUUGUGCAGAUGUAGAUCAACGCCUCCAAUUUUAUGUGUUUCUGACUUCGGGAUCACUUGAAGAUCAUUUACACGAUGAUUACCAUUGAAAGAUCUUGGGUUGCACGUAGACACCAAAGAAGCUGAAGAUUGUGUUAGAUGAUGUAAUCAUCUAUUAGUUAGGACACAAUUUUUAUAGUUUUUAGACGAAAUUUAUAUGUUGACAGAAAGUGUAUAGAAAAUAGUAUUGUUUUUGGUGGAUUGACUUGAAAUAGCAACCUACGUUUCUUAUUUAUUCGAAAAUAGCAAUGUACUUAUCAUAUUUUCGUUUUUAGCCCACAAUAGCGCCA